AUGCUGGAGAAAGACCGGAUAUCCUACUUCUACGACGACAAUCUUGGAGAAGACUGCCCGGUCUUUGAUAAUUUGUUUGAGUUCUGCCAAAUCUAUGCUGGAGGAACUUUAGAUGCUGCUCGCAGAUUAAAUCAUAAAACUUGUGACAUCGCCAUUAAUUGGGCUGGUGGGCUGCAUCAUGCCAAAAAGUGUGAGGCGUCAGGCUUCUGUUACAUUAAUGAUCUAGUAUUAGGAAUUCUGGAGCUUCUCAAGUACCAUGCCAGGGUUCUUUAUAUUGACAUUGAUGUCCAUCAUGGAGAUGGAGUUGAAGAAGCCUUUUAUUUCAUUGACAGGGUAAUGACUGUGAGUUUCCACAAGUCUGGUGAUCUGUUCUUUCUUGGAACGGGUGAUAUUAAGGAUAUAGGAGAAAGGGAAGGAAAAUAUUAUGCUAUCAACAUUCCACUUAAAGAUGGGAUAGAUGACGCUAGCUUUACUCGACUUUUUAAAACAAUUAUUGCCAAAGUUGUUGAGACAUAUUUGCCUGGUGCUAUUGUUCUUCAAUGUGGGGCUGAUUCAUUGGCGAGGGACCGUCUAGGCUGCUUCAACCUCUCAAUUGAAGGCCACGCUGAAUGUGUAAAGUUUGUCAAGAAAUUCAAUAUUCCUCUUCUGGUAACUGGAGGUGGUGGAUACACCAAGGAGAAUGUAGCAAAGUGUUGGGCUGUUGAAACUGGAGUCCUUUUAGACACAGAACUCCCAAAUGAGAUUCCAAACAAUGAAUACAUCGAGUACUUUGCUCCAGAUUAUACAUUGAAAGUUCCAAAUUUGAACAUGGACAAUUUGAACAGUAAGACCUAUCUCAGUUCAAUCAAAGUGCAAGUGAUGGAGAGUUUGCGGUCCAUACAGCAUGCUCCUGGUGUUCAAAUGCAAGAGGUUCCUCCCGAUUUUUAUAUCCCGGAUUUUGACGAAGAUGAAUUGGAUCCUGAUGAACGUGUUGACCUACCGCUGUUCACGCGCUACAAUACCGCGUGGCCCUUGGCCGGCUCCACUUGCCAUAACAAGCAUACCCAAGACAAGCAGAUUCACCGUGAUGAUGAGUACUAUGAAGGUGACAAUGACAAUGAUCACGACGAUGGCACACGCUAA